AUCAAGAGGCUUCUCAAAUUGAAGGUUGACGCUCUCAGCAUGUGCACGCAUAACAGGAACUCGUAUACAGGUUGCAGUCACUUUAACAUUCAUGUCAUUCCACAACAGAGGCGGAGGAGGAGGCGAAUCUGAAAUUUCAGCCGAAGAAGAUGGAGAAGACGAAGUAGACGAAUUGCUAGCCUUCGAUCUAGCUUCGUCUAUUUCUUCCUCGUUCUCAGCGAGAAGGGCGAUGGCGGAUCCGACGGCGGCGACACCACCUUCGUCGACCAUGAUGGCGGCCAAGUAACCGUCAUAGAAGGUCUCGACGUCCAUGUCGGCGUUGUCGGACUCGAUGACGACUACACUCUCGCCCUUGGAGAGCUUGUCACCAUACAAUAUUGGGCUUUCUAGACCCGCGCCGUUCGAAUCUCGGAUCUCGGCCGCGUACUUGCCCCCCGGCCUUCGCCGGACUCCUCUGUAAUGUACUCUCUCCUCCUCUGUAUCCAAAGGUAGCGUCGAUGGUUGAGUUGACUCGGCUAAGUCCAAAAUUUGGUAUGACGACCUCUGCUGAGCCACAUCGAUCUUCAACGAAGGCCUGCGGUCAUUGAAUCUUUGCUCAGAAUUCGAUUGACAGUCCAAAUUUGGUUGUGACGACCUCUGUUACUUUGAUCAUUGCAGGAUGCCGACCUCUGUUGAUUAAUUUUGGGUUUUGAGUUGAGAUUUUGGGUUUGGGUUUUGGUGGCCGCCCGUUGGCAUCACUGGAGAAAUAGCCGAAGCUCCACCCAUUUUCCGGCGAUCUCUUCUCUUACAGUCGCCACGGAUGUUGAAGAUGUUGAGGGGGGUAAUUUCGUCCCAAAAUUUGGUUAGAAAAUCACUUGAACGAAAGUUAGUUAGAAUAUCCGAGGGGGUUAUUUGCUAAAACAUUUCAUAGAGGGGUUAUUUGCUAAGAGGUGAAAGUCAGAGGGAGUUAUUUGCAGUUCGCCUGACUUUAGACGACGUCAACCCAGUCAACCUUCGCCGAUGCUUCAUAAAAUAACAACGACUAUGCUAUUUUUGAGCUUAUUUUUGUCUACUUACACAAACCUCAGAAGAGAAGAGAUAUUGCUUCCCAUUUUUUCAUUUCAUAUACAAAAUCCGACCAUGCCAGGUAAUGCAAUGCGGAAGGGAGUGGUGUUUUUGGCAUUAGUUAUGGUUGCUCUGAUAACACACCUAGUGGAGACACUAUAUACAGUUUUCACGUUCUCUGUUGCCAUUUAUGUUAUACUGAAAGUUAAUAUCGAAAAAUUGAUGUUGUUUGUAUUAGGUACUGCAAUGCGGAAGGGAGUGUUGUUUUUGGCAUUAGUUAUGGUUGCUCUGAAAACACAAUUAGUGGAGACACUAUACAACAUAUUAAUUGAACUUCUAAAGACUAUAUGGACAUUCAAUGCAAAGUGCAUCGGACCGUUUUCUUUUUGGGUAUGGAAGUGCAUGAAAGUGUUGUUUUUGGCAAUUGGUAUUGUUCGGGUGACAUUAGAGUUCAUGGAGACACUAUCCAAAAGUUUUGAGUUUCUCAAGAAAACAUGGACAUUCAUUAAGGGAAUAAACGCCAAUUAUCAUCAAGGACGGGAAGAAUCAAAAUACUGAAACAAAACCUUGUUUCUUCAACCUAGUUUAUGUAGCACUACUUGAUUAACACUCUAUUCAACAGAUGAAAUUGUAUGAGAGUGAACUUCAUCAGCUACUGGUGGUUCCCCUUUUUAUUUACUCUAAAUUGUACUUUUUCCCCAAAUAUACUAAAACAUUUUGAACUUUGGCA